AUGCAUAAUUAUUCAAAAACCUUCUUAUUUGUUUUAUUAUGUAUAUUUUUAUGUAAGAGGAGUACACGUUCGUAUAGCAUAAAUUAUAUUACCAGAUAUUGUAAGUUUAUUAAUACGUCACAAAAAAUUCGGAAUACUAGCAAUACCAGCAGACAUGUGUUUAAGGAUAACAAGUUAAAGAGAAGAAAUAUAAUUAUUGAGGCCCAGAAUAAUGAAAACUUGGAAAAAGUGAAAAAACUCAGAAAUGUGAUAAAAGAAAUUAAAAAAGAUAACAUAAAGGAGUUCUACGACGAGGAAAAAGAGAAGAGAGAAAAAGAGACAACUGCUUGGAAGGUCAUCCUGUACAACGACGAUAUUCAUAAUUUCACUUAUGUAACGGACGUAAUUGUAAAAGUUGUUGGUCAGAUAAGCAAGGCCAAGGCGCAUACAAUUACAGUAGAAGCUCAUAGCACAGGCCAAGCUCUUAUUUUGUCAACUUGGAGAUCAAAAGCGGAAAAAUAUUGUGAAGAAUUACAGAAGAACGGAUUGACUGUUUCUAUCAUUCAUGAAAGUCAGCUGAAGGAUAAGAAGAGAAACCCAGACAAGAACUCUUAA